AUGCAGGUGGUGGAGACUCUUCAGAUAAAGCUUAGAGUAGACUAUCCCUCUACACUAACGAGUAUAGCCAAUCUUACAUCAACAUAUAGGAAUCAAGGCCGGCAAUCUUAUAUCAACAUAUUGGAAUUAAGGCUAGUAGGAGGAGGCAGAGAAGCUUCAGGUGCAGGUGAUAGAGACUUAUAA